AAAGAAAGCUUGGGGGACCUUAAUUGGCUUAGCAAGGGAGUUAUUUAUAUAUAUGGUUGUGCUUUUUAUGUAUAUACAAUAUCACCAUUCAGCACUUGCUUUAGAAAUCAUAUGGCUUCAUCACAAUCACAAUUGGUUACUGUAGUAGUACUUUUUAUGCUCUUCUCGGCAGUGCUACCAUUCCAAAUCAAUGCCCAAGCUGCUAUUAUUCUUCCACUGAUAGAAGUGGAAGCCAUUGAAGAAAUAGCUGCAGAACUGAACAAGAGAGACUGGAACGUCAGUGACCCUUGUAGUAACAAAUCGACUAUUGAUAUCCCACGCACAGAUCAGUACGAAAAUUUUGUCAUCUGCAAUUGCUUCAUCCCUGCUGCUACUGCAUGCCAUAUCCAAAGCAUAUCUUUUACAGCCCAGAAUCUUGAUGGUAAGCUUCCACCAUCACUAUGGAAGCUACCUCACCUUAAGCAAGUUAAUUUGGAACGGAACCUCCUAAGGGGUCCAAUACCAAGAGAGUGGACUUUGACAAAGUUGGAAAAAGUGGUCAUUAAUGCGAACAACUUAUCAGGGCCAAUCCCUGCCUAUUUAGGAAACAUAACCACUCUCACACAUUUGUCCAUGGAGAGUAACUUGUUCUCUGGAAACAUUCCCUCUGAGCUUGGGAAAUUGGUGAAAAUGAAAAUCUUGAAUUUUAAUGCAAACAAUCUCUCUGGAGAGUUCCCUCUAGCUCUCAAUAAUCUCACCAACUUAAUUGAACUUAGGAUCAGCAGUAACUACUUCACAGGAAGGAUGCCUGAGCUUGGCAGUUGGAAACAACUUCAGAUAUUAGAGAUGGAAGCAAGUGGUUUCAAUGGGCCAAUUCCUUCUAGUCUUUCUGUCUUAGAUAAGUUAACACAAAUAAGGAUUAUUGACUUACAUGGGGAGAGCUCAGAUUUUCCGAACUUGAGUAACAUGGCAAACCUAGAGAGAUUGAUGAUGAUGAGUUGUAAUUUAAGAGGAAAUAUUCCUGGAUAUAUUCAUAAUUUGAUACAACUACGUACCUUAGAUCUUAGUUUCAACAAACUAGAAGGGGAAGUUCCAAAUUUUGAAAAUUUAAAAAGACUGAAAAAUAUGUAUUUAACAAGCAACUUACUCAAUGGGUCUAUUCCAGAGUGGAUCAAUCUCAGAGGCACUAACUACCAAAUAGAUAUUUCUUACAAUAACUUUUCUGAUAAAUCUGAACCAGCCACUUGUCGAGAUACUUUCAAUCACUUUCGGAGUACAUCUGGACUGAAAAACAACUUAAUGAUCAGCAAGUGCUUGGUACCAUGUUCAAAAGAUCAUUAUUCAUUGCAUAUAAAUUGUGGUGGAAAACAAAUCACCAUUGGAGGCAUCAAGUAUGAAGGGGAUGAAGAAUUGGUAGGUGCUGCAAAAUUUUUCCAAAACUCAGCCACUUGGGGAUUUAGCAACACUGGUGAUUUCUGGGGUGCCACUAGUACCAAAGCAAUGGACUAUAUAGCAAGGAAUGUAUCUGUAUUAAGAAUGAACAAUUCCGAGCUCUACACAACCGCACGCAUCUCGCCUCUUUCGCUAACUUAUUACGCUCGUUGCUUAGGAAACGGAAAUUACACUGUGAAACUUCAUUUUGCAGAGAUAGUGUUCAGGGACAACAGGUCUUAUCACAGUUUUGGACGACGAAUAUUUGAUGUUUAUGUUCAGGGAAAAGUGGUGCUGGAAGAUUUCAACAUUAAAAAGAAAGCUGGUGGAGUUGAUAAGGAAUUUAUCAAAGUAGUUAAGGCAGUUGUUGUGAGUCAUAAGACACUAGAGAUACGCUUCCUGUGGGUAGGGAAAGGGACAAAGAAUGUUCCAGAUCGAGGAAUGUAUGGUUCUCUAAUAUCAGCUGUCUCAGUAGAGCCUGAAUUCAAACCUCCAAAGCAGAAAAAAGAUACAAAGUUUAUCAUUAUUGGAGUGGUUUCAACAUUUUGCCUUCUUUUGAUAGCUUCGUGCAUUCUUUGCUGGAUAUGCUAUUUUAGAAGGAAGGAAUCCAGGGAUGAAGUUCUUGAAGGAUUAGAUCUACAAACUGGUUUCUUUACCUUUAAACAAAUUAAAGCUGCCACAAACAACUUUGAUGCUGCAAACAAAAUCGGAGAAGGUGGAUUUGGAUCAGUCUACAAGGGUGUCCUCUUAGGUGGAACUAUUAUCGCAGUCAAGCAACUUUCAUCCAAAUCAAAGCAAGGAAAUCGUGAAUUUACAAAUGAAAUAGGCAUGAUUUCUGCUUUACAACAUCCCAAUCUUGUCAAAUUGUAUGGAUGUUGUAUUGAAGGAAAGCAACUAUUGUUGGUUUAUGAAUACAUGGAGAAUAAUAGCCUUGCACAUUGUUUAUUUGGUCCCGGAAAAGGUCUUGUGAAAAUAGAUUGGACUACAAGGCAAAUAAUAUGCAUAGGCAUUGCAAGAGGCUUGGCUUUCCUACAUGAAGAAUCAACCCUAAAAAUUGUACAUAGAGACAUCAAACCCACAAAUGUACUACUAGAUAAGGACCUUACCCCGAAAAUAUCAGAUUUUGGUCUGGCGAGACUAAAGGAAGAGGAAAACACCCACAUUAACACCAAAGUUGCUGGAACUAUAGGAUAUAUGGCCCCGGAGUAUGCACAAUGGGGUUACUUAACUGAUAAAGUAGACGUGUACAGUUUUGGAGUUAUGGCAAUAGAAAUUGUGGCUGGAAAAAAUAACAUGAGAUAUAGCCCGAAUGAAAACUUUGUGUGCCUUCUAGACUGGGCCUUUUUCUUACAACAAAAGGGAGAUAUAAUGGAGUUGGUGGAUACAAAUUUGGGAUCUGAAUUCAAAAAAGAAGAGGCAAAAAGAGUGAUUAAUGUAGCUCUAUUGUGCACAAAUCCAUCACCUUCACUUCGCCCCACCAUGUCUACAGUAGUGAGCAUGCUUGAAGGCCAGACUGCUAUUCCUGAACUAGUCAUGCAUUCAAGUAUUCAUGGUGAUCCAUUGAGGUCCACCGAGUUACGAGACAAGCUUGAUCAAAUUUCACAACAAAACUCUAGUGCAUCUCAUAGUCCUCUUGCUCAGUCAUCCUACACAACAUCAUGGAUUGAUUUUUCCUCUACAUGAUCUCUUUGUCUUUAGUGAGAGUUAACAUUAGAUCUUUUUUUUUUCCCUUUUGUUUUCCAUAUAACUAUGUCUGUAUAAUUAGGUAAAAGUGUAAACUAGAAUUAUUAGUGAACAAUAAAAGAAAAUUAUAUGAUUUUAUUAUUCAUA